UUUUGACAACGCAGUUUUGGAYCUAAUGCAAAAAUACUACAUUAUUCCUUCAAAAUGGAAGAUUUCUGUUAUGCUAUUGUUGGGAAUAUCCCCUCAGAGCUUCGKUCUGCCGAUCUUCGAGCCUUUUUCUCGCAAUUCAUCGAGUCCAAAGGGYUUAUUUGCUUUCACUACCGUCACAGACCUGAGAUUCAAAGAAAUAKCAACKUAGAUAAAURCGAAAAAGACGMUGAAAAAACCUGCUGCUGUGUCAUUAAAGUUUAYCWAAAUAGAAUUGAAGAGUUAAUUCGAAUGUACAGUGGUCAAAAUUGGACGAAUUCAGCAGGGAAGUUGUUGAAAAGAAAAGYCCUUAUUUCAAGGAUAAAAAUACGCAGCGAAACCGAAGGUCAAGAGGCARCGAAUASUUAUCUAACCAGGCAAGAACAACAGCAAACAGCCAGAACUGUGGAGCAGUUUGUUGAAAGUGACCUGAAAACAUUACUAGAAAUGAACCCUCCUGGUAUUAUGCCAAAUGGAAAUGUAGGGACUCCUUUAACUGUCUUUAUUGARCUAAUAAGAACCUGCAAGUUUCCCCCACAUUUGAUUAAAAAAUUAGGUUUAACAUUUCCAAGAAGCAAGAGAAGAAAGUAUGGGAAUGUUCCAUUUGAUUAUGAAAUUCUUGGCCCUAGAGGAAUAGUGGCUGACUCAYUUGAGGACGAGGAGAAAUUCCACAAUGAAAGUGAAAAGGAUUCUGAAGAGAUGGAAAGCAAACAUCAAAAAAGAUCUGCAAAAAGGUCUCAUGAGUCUCAAUUAAAUGAAAAUACUAAAGUAUCUACUAWAGAAAAUGUGUCUAAAUCAGAAAACACAGAUCAAACAGUGAAUUCAGACRCAAAUAAUCCAAUGGGAAGUACUAGUAAAAGCAAGAAURUUACUGACUUUGAUGUYGAUGAAAAUAACUCUGAUAAUGAAACUGAAGAGUGGGACAGGCAUGCAAGUYUACACAACGAUAUCACAUCCCAAGAACGUACAAAGGAACGAUUAUAUGAAGAAGAUAUUGAGCUGAAGUGGGAGAAAGGAGGAAGUGGCUUGGUGUGGUAUACGGAUGCAGCUUUCUGGAAGAAGCAGGAAGAAGCAGAUUUUGAUGAAGAAACUGUAGAUGACUGGGAUGUUGAUAUGGGUAUUUAUGAGGAAGAAGGGGCUGGAGACUUAGAUGCCAAAACUCUACUUCAGCUAAGAGUGGAACAAGAAUGGAAACGYGGCAAAAAUAUUGACUUGAACAGAGUUGGUGGUUUUGAAAAAUACACUCGUGGUUUUGGGGGAAGCAUCAUGAGAAAGCAAGGAUGGAGAGAAGGAAGCAGUCUUGGUUCAUCUCAAGUAGGGAUUGUUGAACCAAUUCCUAGUGAUGGACAGAAACCUUCAAGCAAAAGAGGUUUGGGGUAUUAUGGAGAAAAACUCAAUAGACAUGUUAAGAGGACAAGACCAACAAGAGAAGCAGUUAUCUCCACUGUUUAUGACAAAGAAGAAGAUAAAAACCCUGAACUGUUUCAUUCAGAAGGACCAUAUAACAUCAAGUACAGAGACAAAGUUGAUUUUGUUCCUAAAACAGCAUAAUUUAUUUAUUUUAAGUUUUAUGGUGAAGAAAAGAUAAGUCUUAGCCGUCCAAAGAAUUGAUCCAAAUGAUGGACACUUUCAGUAACUCCUCUUAGUGAUUUGUUGGUGCCAACAACACUUAUUAUUAUUUUAAUACAAGGACAUAGCAUAACAAACUACCACAAAUUGACUUCAAUUCAUUUAUUACAAAAUUGAAACACUAUUUACAUCCAAAUCCCUUUCCACACAAAAAAGUAAUAUAUUAAUACAUAUUUGCUAGUUGCAUUGCACCCGUUUUCAUGUUGGGCUUCCUAUCCCACCCUAUGGUAAGACUGACACAAAAACAGUGGCAAUAGACCUCUGAACCUUUUACAUCACUAUUUAAUUUUCAAUGCAUUGUGGGAUCAGUUUCUAGAGAAAACAAAAGAAAUCCGCCAUGUUCUGUCCCAAACAUAUCCUACAAUGCAUUGUGUAUACGGUACAUGACGUAAAAGCUUCAGAGGUCUAUUAGACUAAAACAUUACUGCUUGAUCAUGUUCAGAUCAAGGCCACAAGACAUGGUAAAUAUGACCAUUAGGUGUGAAAACAUUUAGCUAAUUUUAUUGAGUGUACAUAUGUACAGUCUCAUUCAUUGUAACUUAUAAAUUAAUUUGAAUUCAUUGACACUCCAACUUUUGCAUAUCAUACAUAAAGUGAAACCAAAGAAACACUGCAUCACACAGUUUAUUUUGGACAAAUUCAAACUUAAGUAUGUUAAAAACUGUAACAAAAUCUGUCAUCUAAUCAUAAGAAGAUGUUAUGGACCCAUGA